GCAAGUUCGUUGAUCUCUCGUACCAGCGUGAUAACCCACAAAUUACCUCCUUUGACGCCUUCGACGUUGCACUUGAAAUUUUUGGCCGCACCGAUUAAUCCUUCGGAUAUAAAUCAAAUUGAAGGAGCAUACCCGCUCAAGCCGAUAUUUAGAAACCAGUUAGGGGAUGUGAAAUUUGAUCCAGCCGUUGCUGUUGGAGGAAAUGAGGGCGUCGCGGAAGUUAUCGCCGUCGGAGAGAACGUCAAAGAAAUUAGUGUCGGGGAUUGGGUAAUCAUGGGUACAAGUGGAACUUGGAGAACACAUGCUGAAGCUACUCCCGAAGAUGUCAUCCGGAUUCCUCGUGAAGGAAUCGAACUAAUUCAGGCCGCAACAGUUCGUGUUAACUCUUGUACCGCGUAUCGCAUGUUGAAAGACUUUGCGAAAUUUAAAAAAGGCGAUUAUGUGAUCCAAAAUGGUGCGAAUAGUGGUGUGGGUCAAGCUGUGAUUCAGAUUGCCAAAGCGUGGGGUAUCAACACGAUCAAUAUUGUCAGGGACAGACCGAACUUACGAGAGCUGUCAGAUCACCUUAAAUCCCUCGGUGCAACAUAUGUAGUCAGUGAUAAAGAUCUUCAAUCGAAGAAACGGAGUGAAUUCGAAUGGAAUACGGGCACCGACAAUGGGGAUAUCGUUUUAGGAUUAAACUGUGUCGGUGGGAAAAGCGUAAUUCACAUGGCGAAACUUCUGAAGCACUCGAGUCCAGUAGUGACCUAUGGUGCAAUGUCACGACAGCCACUCACAAUUCCGGCCUCUCAGUUAAUAUUCCAAAAUUUAAAGUUUUAUGGAUUUUGGAUGUCGCACUGGAGUCAAGUUAAUCCUAGGGAAGCGAGGUUGCUGAUGUUGAAUGAGGUGAUCGAUUUGAUCAAACAAGGAAAAUUAGGUAGUGCCGUGUAUGAGGAAAACUUGUGGGGUAAGGAUGAGGACCAUUAUGGAUUUCUGGAAAUUUUAAAGAAGGCAGAGGAAGAGUUUAAGGGCAAAAAGCAGAUUGUUAAGAUGAUUGAUUAA